UCUAAAAUGAUGAAAUUAUCAACCAAAAGAUUCAUUCAGUUUGAUUUUACUUUUUAAUUGUUCAUAAUCAUAACCAUCAUCGUCAUCAUCAUCGUCGUCCAGAGUAUUUACCGUUAUAUUCAAUCAGCUGUUUCAUUGUUGUUUAUUUUUUUUCUCUGCAAUUUAAUUCAACAUAAUUUAGUAGUAAAUUUAGAUGUUUGUGAUUCAGUUUCAAUCUAUUGGAUAUUAAUAUCAUUAAUUAAGAAAACUUUAAAGGAUUCGCCUCGAAAACCAUCAAAUUGUUACAAUAGGAAAGGGAGAAAGUGAACAAAAAAAUUGUUGGUUUUCAUUGAUUGAGCUUAUUCAACAAUCAUAAUUAACUGACGACAAGUUACUCUUGUCUAUUGUUAAUCACAAUUAAGGAGGAAAGGAUAUUAUUAUCUUCAUUUACUAUAAACAGUUAAUUGUUUGCAAUUGUUGUAAUCAACUUAUCGACUUGGAAAUGUACAGUCACUCAGCUCAAGUAUCAGGCCAAUCGACGGUCAAUCCAAUGCCUUUCCUUUUAUCUCCCAAUAACUGUGGAUACAAUUUAACAAGUUAUUAUCAAGGGGCAAACCUCGCCCUUGGCCAUUUAUCACUGCCCAGUUCAAUUUGGGCUCCUCGUGUUAACAAUAUCAACAAUGCUAAUGGAAACAAUAAUUCAACUAAUAAUAAUAAUGCACGAUUAUUGAAUAGCUCAAUUCGCGAUCCAAUAUUGUCAAGAUCAUCUUCGAUCAUUCCUUCAAAUGGUUCAACAUCAACUUCGAUAUCAGCUGACCCUUCAAUGACCAUCUCACCGGCUACAAAACAAGUGGAAAUGAUUAAACAACAACCAUGGAAUCCAUUGCAAUUAAUACCUUUUCUAAGCGGAAAUGGUCAUCAUCAUCAUCACUCUCAUUCUCAUCAUUUAAAUUCAAACAUUCAUCUGCAACAUCAUUCAAUUGAAAAUCUCACCAAUUCCUCACCAACAUCAAUACUAAUCACAAAUGAAAAUGGAUUAACAAACUCACAAUUAACUCGACGAAAAAGUCGAACCGCAUCACCGAUUAACUUAUCUCCAUCAUCAUCACCUCUAAUUAAAGGAAUCUCAUCAUCAUCAUCAUCAUCUCGACAGAUUAACCAUUCCAAUCAUAUGAACACCACCACCAACAAUCAUGUUGCCCUAUCAUCACCUUCACCAUCUUCAUCUUCAUCUUUUUCAACAUCAUCAUCAGUGAACAGUAAACAUGAUAAUGUAACAACAGUUUCGAUAACAACAACAUCACCUUUAUCCGGAAUUCGUAGUAACCACAAUCGCCGAUCAUCACCCUCCACAAUUCAAUCAACAUCUUCCCCUCUUUCCGCUUGGUCAGCAGCCGCGGCCGCCGCUGCAGCAGCAGCUUACGCCUCCCUGAUUCCAUCAUCAGCAUCAUCUUCAUCUUCAUCGACUAAUAAAUCAUCUUCAAUAGUUAUUGCUGGUUCAUCACAAAUCGUUUCUGGUCAAGAAUUAAAAUUAAAUAAAGAAAAGAGAAUCCAAGAAAAUGGAUACACCAAUGAUUCAAUUUCCAAUAGUAACGAUGUCAGUUUCGAUUCCAGUAAACGAUUCGGUGAAAAUCAUCGAGCUUAUUCAACUGAAAGUCUGAGUAGUGUUAACGAUUUAUCAGUUGAUUCUUAUAAAUCAAAUCGUUCGAUUUCAUCAAAUGGCCGAGAUUCGGCUAAUUCAAAUGUAUCCGAUCUAAAUGGAGCUAAUCAACAUCCAUCGAUCAUCAUUGACGAUCCUGUUGACUCUGAAGAUGAGGAUGCUAAACCUUUCAUUCAUCAUAAGAAGGCAAAGUUGAGAAAACACAAUCAUCAUUUUCAAUCUAAAUCAAAUCAAAUUAGAGAAUCAAAGGAAGAAUUAAAAAAGGAAAUUAACAACAAUAAUAAUAAUAACACGACUGAUAUUGAUAUAGAUGAUGAUGAAGAAGAUGAUAUUGAUGAAGAGGAAGAUGAAGAUGAUGAUGAUGGGGAAGAUGUUGAUAUAAUAAAUACCAUUCGAAAUCGAAAUAGGAAAAAUAAUCGAUUACAAAUACGAUCAAAAUCAUUAUCACCAAGAGAAUCAAAUUUAUCAAGUAUAACAAUGAGCAAGAGCAAAGAAUCAACAUUAUCUAAAAAUAAUUCGAAAAAUUUAUCGAAUAAUUGUCAUCAUAAUGUAACAUCAUUAACUGAUUACUCGAUUGAUCGACUAUUAAAACUUAAGGAAUCACGAGAACGUCAUUCAAGUCCAAACAGUUCAAAUGAAAAUAAUCGUAAUGAUAUUGACCAUGAAAACGAUAACGAUUCAAAAUCAGUUCGAGCUGCAGUCACAUCGGUCGCCAUAGCGACAGCAGCAGCGAGAUUGUUAAAUAGUUCAGAUAAUCAAGUACGAAAUAUAACAACAUCAUCAUCAUCUCAACUUUAUCGACCUUUUCAAGACAUGCCUCGUUAUAUUGGAUUUCCGUUUUGCGGUUUAACGGGUCAAAGUUUAUCUUUAAUGGGACAGAAAGUUGCCAAUAAUUUGGACAAUAGUUCACUGGUCAGUCGCCUUUUUGGUCACAAUUUGGGUCCUAAUGGUCCUAAUGGUUUCUUUUCACACCUUCACUCUUCAUUUACUCGAGGGUCACCUCUUGUUCUUGACGGAAACGGAAACCCACCAGCGGAUGGUGUUGUCUUCUCAUGUGUUAAAUGUGACAAAAUGUUUAGCACACCUCAUGGUUUAGAGGUUCAUGUGCGUCGAUCUCAUUCAGGUAAACGUCCAUUUGCCUGUGAAUUGUGUAAUAAAACUUUCGGACAUGAGGUCAGUUUAUCUCAACAUCGAGCAGUUCACACAGCAGAGAAAACCUUUGAAUGUAAACAAUGUGGUAAAACUUUUAAAAGAUCAUCAACUUUAUCGACCCACCUUCUUAUCCAUUCGGAUACUCGACCUUAUCCCUGUCAAUAUUGUGGUAAAAGAUUUCACCAGAAAUCGGACAUGAAAAAACACACUUAUAUUCACACAGGUGAAAAACCUCAUAAAUGUUCAGUUUGUGGAAAAGCAUUUAGUCAAUCGUCUAAUUUAAUUACUCAUUCACGAAAACACACUGGAUUCAAGCCGUUUGCAUGUGAUGUUUGCGGUCGAGCAUUUCAACGGAAAGUUGACCUUCGAAGGCACAAAGAGACUCAACAUUCAGAAGUUAAAUCAAUCAACUCAGUUACUCCUUCGCCAUCAUCAUCAACCGCUAGUCCUCAUCAUCAUCACCAUCACCACCAUCAUCUACACUCACAACCUUCAGCAUCCUCAUCAUCUCACCAUCACCAUCAUCAUCACCAACAUCACCAAAAUCAUAUAACAAUUACAACAACAAUUCCUGAUAAUCAAUUAACAUCCCAAUCAGGAAUAUCAUCUUCAUCCUCAUCCUCAUCAACUAAUUCAUCAACUCGACAAAUACAUUUACCAACUGAUUAUCGUGUUCACUCACCACCAAUUAAUAUCUCAACACAACAGCAAAAUAUUAUUUGAUUAAUUAACAUGAUAAUUAACAAACUGAAUUAAAACUUAUCCUCAUUUGUUUUCUCUUUUCAUUUUUAAUUCAGUUUACAAUUAAAUUUAAUUGUUCAUUUUUCUUCAUUCUCUACAAUUUCAAAUGCUUUUAAACACUUUAAUUAUCUCCCUCUAAUUAAUAAUAUUAUACAUUAUAAUUAAGUGCAAUCUCUUUCUAAUUGUAUCAUGUUCUGACAAAAA